GCGAGUCGGUGUGUCCCCGGCUGGGACGGAAGUUGCACCACGAGUACAAUUAGUUUCAGUUUUGUUUCUUUUUCAGGCACCCAGCAACAGCGGCCUCCAGGCCCCAGGCCCCCUCGCCAUCCUAGAGGCCAAGAUCCGCUCUGGCUAGGUCCCCGCGAGAAAGACCCCGUCCCACUCUCUGAGGUCUCCCGGCCCCAGAAAAGGGGACAUUCCACCAAGUCUGCCCAACAAGUAGGUCUCAGCCACUGUGCCAGGAGCUCAAGACUCCCUCCCUCCAGAGGUUUCUGGAAUGCGUUCAGCAGGAAAAGCUAAAAGAACAGAACUCCAGGAGAUAAGCCAAGGCCAAGUCGAUCCGAGGGUCUGAGCCAACAAGUAGCACUGACAUUUUUACGUUUGCUGGAUGUACACACGGAAGUAGAGGAAGAGGAGAAGGAGGAGGAUAGCUCCUCCGCUCAGGAGCAAGUGGCCCAAGUCCUCAGAAGACUAGAAGGAAUUUCCUGGCCAUUCAGCAUGGUUUCCCAUGGGUCCUCGCCCUCCCUCCUAGAGGCCCUGAGCAGCGACUUUCUGGCCUGUAAAAUCUGCUUGGAGCAGCUGCAGGCACCCAAGACACUGCCCUGCCUGCAUACCUACUGCCAGGACUGCCUGGGCCAGCUGGCCGAUGGCAGCCACAUCCGCUGCCCCGAGUGUCGCGAGACGGUGCCCGUGCCACCUGAGGGUGUGGCCGCCUUCAAGACCAACUUCUUCGUCAAUGGGCUGCUGGACCUGGUGAAGGCCCGAGCCUGUGGAGACCUGCGUGCCGGGAAGCCAGCCUGUGCCCUGUGUCCCCUGGUGGGUGGCACCAGUGCCGGGGGGCCGGCCACGGCCCGGUGCCUGGACUGUGCCGACGACUUGUGCCAGGCCUGUGCCGACGGGCACCGCUGCACCCGCCAGACCCACACCCACCGCGUGGUGGACCUGGUGGGCUACAGGGCGGGAUGGUAUGAUGAGGAGGCCCGGGAGCGCCAGGCGGCCCAGUGUCCCCAGCACCCCGGGGAGGCACUGCGCUUCCUGUGCCAGCCCUGCUCACAGUUGCUGUGCAGAGAGUGCCGCCUAGACCCCCACCUGGACCACCCCUGCCUACCUCUGGCCGAGGCUGUGCGUGCCCGGAGGCCGGGCCUGGAGGAGCUGCUGGCCGGUGUGGACAGUAACCUGGUGGAGCUGGAGGCGGCGCGGAGGAUGGAGAAGGAGGCGCUGGCCCGGCUGCGGGAGCAGGCGGCCCGGGUGGGGACACAGGUGGAGGAGGCGGCUGAGGGCGUCCUCCGGGCCCUGCUGGCCCAGAAGCAGGAGGUGCUGGGGCAGCUACGAGCCCACGUGGAGGCUGCUGAAGAGGCUGCUCGGGAGAGGCUGGCGGAGCUCGAGGGCCGUGAGCAGGUGGCCCGGGCGGCGGCCGCCUUCGCCCGCCGGGUACUCAGCCUGGGGCGAGAGGCUGAGAUCCUCUCCCUGGAAGGGGCGAUUGCGCAGCGGCUCCGGCAGCUGCAGGACUGCCCCUGGGCACCGGGGCCGGCCCCCUGCCUGCUCCCGCAGCUGGAGCUCCAUCCUGGGCUGCUGGACAAGAACUGCCACCUGCUUCAGCUGUCCUUUGAGGAGCAGCAGCCCCAGAAGGAUGGUGGGAAAGACGGAGCUGGUACCCAGGGAGGUGAGGAGAGCCAGAGCAGGAGAGAGGAUGCACCGAAGACAGAGAGACAGGGUGGGGUCCAACCCCAGGCCAGAGAUGGAGCCCAGACCCCAAAAGAGGAAAAAGCCCAGACAACCCGAGAAGACGGAGUCCAGACCUUGGAGGAGGACAGGGCCCAGAUACCCCACGAGGAUGGAGGACCCCAGCCCCACAGGGGUGGCAGACCAAACAAGAAGAAAAAGUUCAAAGGCAGGCUCAAGUCAAUUUCCCGGGAGCCCAGCCCAGCCCUGGGCCCGAACCUGGACGGCUCUGGCCUCCUCCCCAGACCCAUCUUUUCCUGCAGUUUCCCCACGCGGAUGCCUGGGGACAAGCGGUCCCCCCGGAUCACUGGACUGUGUCCCUUCGGCCCCCGGGAGAUCCUGGUGGCGGAUGAGCAGAAUCGGGUGCUGAAAUGCUUCUCCCUCAACGGCGACUACAAGGGUACCGUGCCAGUCCCUGAGGGCUGUUCCCCUUGCAGCGUGGCCGCCCUGCAGAGCGCCGUGGCCUUCUCCGCUGGUGCACGGCUCUAUCUCAUCAGCCCCGACGGCGAGGUGCAGUGGCGCCGGGCCCUGAGCCUCUCCCAGGCCAGCCACGCGGUGGCAGCGCUGCCAAGCGGGGACCGUGUGGCUGUCAGCGUGGCGGGCCACGUGGAGGUGUACAAUAUGGAAGGCAGCCUGGCCACCCGGUUCAUUCCUGGGGGCAAGGCCAGCCGGGGCCUGCGGGCACUGGUGUUUCUGACCACCAGCCCCCAGGGGCAUUUCGUGGGGUCGGAUUGGCAGCAGAAUAGCGUGGUAAUCUGUGAUGGGCUGGGCCAGGUGGUUGGGGAGUACAAGGGGCCAGGCCUGCAUGGCUGCCAGCCGGGCUCCGUGUCUGUGGAUAAGAAGGGUUACAUCUUCCUGACCCUUCGAGAAGUCAACAAGGUGGUGAUCCUGGACCCGAAGGGGUCCCUCCUUGGAGACUUCCUGACAGCCUACCACGGCCUGGAAAAGCCCCGGGUUACCACCAUGGUGGAUGGCAGGUACCUGGUUGUGUCCCUCAGUAACGGGACCAUCCACGUCUUUCGGGUCCGUUCUCCGGACAGUUAAAGGGGCUAUGACUAGGGUGGGAGGGAGUGGGGAGGAAGAGGGCAGGAAGGAGGCAGAGCUGUCCAUGGGAGGUGGCGGCCGAGGACAUUUUCCUGAAGGGCAGGGGUUGGCAACUUCGCAACAUGGAGUGCCAAGCUGCUAACCCGUCCUCUAGUGUAUGAGAAUAGGGACCAGGGGUGGUGGCGUGACCGUAACUCUCAGAAGCAGAGGAGGCAAGUGGGUGGUAGGGGAUGUUGGGGGUUCACCUGCCUCUUGCUUUUUGUGGGUGGCUGCUGCCACCCCCAGCGCUGCUAUAUAGUUUAGGUUUCUGAGGUUUGUGAGCCUGUCCUGAUUUGCAUUCUUCAAAACCAUUCCUGAUAGAGUAGCUGAGGGAGAGUCUUGGGGCAAAUAAGGGCCCAGGGUGGGUCAGGCAUGUGCAUUGUGGAACAGAGCUGAGACCCUGGCCCCCCUUAGACUGGCACAGGGUCCUACAGAGUCAGAGGAGGCCUGAGAUUUCAAAUGGGCAGUAAAUGGCCUCUUCUGCCAGCCACAGGCAGGAAGCUCCUAUAACCACGGCAUCCACCAGUGGCAGUACAGGGUGGGCUUGCAGGAGGGCUGCAAGUGCAGACAGCAGCUGGGGCCAAAGAGGUAUUAGGCUGAAAGGCCGUGAAGAGAAUAGGCUACUGGAAAACCAAAGCCGGCAGAAUUAAUGUCCAAAAACCCAUGUUCUCCAUUGCUUCUCAGCCUUUGGCUAAGAUUAAAUAUUUAAAAAAAAAAAAUUGACUCUGCCAGGCGCGAUGACUCAUGCCUGUAAUCCCAGCACUUUGGGAGGCUGUGGCAGCAGGAUUGCUUGAGGCCAGGAGUUUGAGACCAGCCUGGGCGACAUAGUGAGACCCCCUCUCUACAAAAGAUUAAAAAUUAGCUGCGUGUAGUAGCAUAUGCCUGUCAACCUAGCUACUCGGGAGGCUGAGGUGGGAGGAUCCCUUCAGCCCAGGAGUUUGAGGCUGCAGUAAGUUAUGAUCACACCGCUGCGUUCCAGACCCUGUCUCGAAAAAAAAAAAAAAAACCACACACCCACACACAGAAACAACAGAAAAAGCAGGUUAUCCAUCACUUCUCAGCUAAGAUCAAGUGUGAAAAAAAAUGGAAACAAAAAAAAAAACAAGUUCUGAGUAGGGGAGCUCUCCAUGCAGCCGCGGAGCCAGUCUGAGGGAAGAGGUACACAAGAUAGAAAAAUCUCUAGGCUCCAACACUUCUGUUUCAGUGCCUUUCCAUUUCCCGGAGUCUAUGUGUUGCCUUCUCUUCAUUUUCCAGCAAAAUUCCUUUUGAGAUGUGUUGGCCUUCACUUGGCUGAACUAGGGGGUGAAGGAAGUUGUCCUCUGGGCCGCUGUUGCUGGGGAAACAGCUAAACCCUGCAGGCCAAGGGGAACUUGGGGGUGCCAAGAAAACCUGGAAGGUGCAGUAGGGCUGUGAUGAAUAGAGGCAUCAAACUAGAAGGGAGGAACCUGUCGGAGGUGGGCUGUGACCACCAGACCUUUUCAUAAGUGGUGGCAGUGGUGGAAUUGAAGAGGCAAGUAGGCUUGGAGAAUGUUUUUAGCCAGGGGGUGCUGAGAGAUGGCAGAAGGGGGUCUUAACGUAGGGACUGUGGACAGUGGGGCAUUCGUGGGAAGCAGAGGGAUUUUGGACAAGUCCAGAUGGAACGCGCAGGGCAUGGGUAGAGGGAAAAGAAAAUCCCUUUCUGGGAAAACCAUUUCUUGUUUUUUGAAACAGUGGGGGACAUCAUCAAAGUCUGGGCGGGCACAUUCAAUUACCUAAAAAUUACAAAGGUAGGCACAGCAAAGAAUAAUGAAGAUUAUAAGAAAACCAAGGGCCAGGUGCAGUGGCUCAUGCCUGUAAUCCCAGCACUCUGGGAGGCUGGGGUGGGUGGAUCACCCGAGGUCAGGAGUUCGACACCAGCCUGGCCAACAUGGAGAAACCCCAUCUCUACUAAAAAUACAAAAAUUAGCUAGGCGUGGGAGUGGGUGCCUGUAAUCUCAGCUACUUGGGAGGCUGAGGCAGGAGAAUCAUUUGAACCUAGGAAGCAGAGGUUGCAGUGAGCUGAGAUUGCACCAUUGCACUCCAGCCUGGGUAACAAGAAUGAAACUCUGUCUCAAAAAAAAAAAAAAAAGAAGAAGAAAGAGAAAGACAGAAAGAAAGAAAGAAAAAGAGAGAAAGAAAUAAAGAAAAAGAAAGAAAGAAAACCAAGAAGCUGGGAAAACCGUGUAGAUUUGAUUGACGAGGAUAAGCUUGGUCUGUAAUACAUGCGGUGACUAGAACAGUAUUUGGUCAAAGAACCACGUAAGCUCUGCACCCUGGAGGAAAUGUAUGCAGGCAAGGAUUAGUAAAAUGAAAAA